CUAUGAGCGAAAUUUAAGCUUGAUGUUCAACAAUGGAGCAGACCGAUCUCAAAGAUAAGAGAGACAACGAAACAGAGACAUUAGAAGUAUUACAAAAGACUGUUCAGCAGAUCGAGCACUCAUUCAGUACUGUGUAUUCCACGCUUUCAAGAAAUUUUCAACAAAGUUUAAGCAUGGUACAAGGCAUGACUUCGACAUUAGAACACGUAUUGAAGACUAGCAUCAAAAUAGGUACAAAAGUCGACAUAUCAAAAGAUGAAGAUGCAUGCCCAAUUAUCAGCAUAACUGUAUUCAACGCCAGUCAGUUCCCCAUGAAAUCUCUAUCAGCAGAUAUUCAAUUUGUACCAGUGCAAAGCGACUCUGACGGUACGGUCACCUUCAACAGUGUAUCGUCAAACCAUCAAUCAAAGAAUGUAUCAACGUCCACCAAAUCACUCUUUGAUGGAGAUUCGGAGCUUUUGCCUGAAGAAAGACUUCUUGAAAUCAUCGCCGUUCGACCGUCAUCUUUGGCACAGUAUAAUGGUCAUAUCACUGUCAGCAUUCUUAGUCCUGGAACGGGACAAAAACUUCAAGCGUAUCAUAAAUUUGGCUUAUACAUCAUAGAUCAGCUCAAGAAAACGAUCCAUUUACCUGAUGAACACAAAUCAAUUCCCCGCGUAAACAAAGUGAUCAAUCCUCAACAUCGCGUAGAGAAGUUGUACGAAUUGACGUUUUUUAGAAGAAUAAUGGGAUUUAGUCCAGCGCAAGGAAUAGCCCCUGGGAUCACAAUCGAAUUCGCGCAUGGAUCGAGUAACAUCAAGAUUGAGUGUCAUAUGAUUGCUUUGAAUGAUGAUAGCACCAAAGCAAGUUGUUUGUUUGAAUAUUAUGGCGAUGGUCCAUCUGGGACUGCGAUGGCAACACUUUUGUCAGAGCUUGACAUUUUAGAAAGCUUGGAACGUGUAUAAAGUCUUUGCAUCAAAGCGAUUGUAAUAUACUUUUCUUUCGGUUUAUUAUUAUUAUUCCAUGUAU